CUAAAUCUCAGUCAAAAAACGGCCAAAACACUGCAGAAAAUAGCCAUAAGAGCAGCUCCAAAUUACCAUAUAAAUACCCCAAAAAUACCAUCAAAACACCACCUAAAAACACCUCUGUCUUCACCAUUUUGGAUGUGCAAGAUCGACUGUUGAGACGCCGGCGAGUUUCGAUCGAGGUCCGAAGUCCAUCGGGAUCUUUCUCGUUGCUUUGAUUUCUCUGUACCAAAGCAAAGAGGUCAGGCUCUUCAAUAUUAAAGAGAAGUUGAAAGAACUAUGAAUAUACAUUUGAAUACUAUCUGACAAGGAUGCCAGGCAUACCUUUAGUGGCUCGUGAAACCACGCAUUACACUUGCUACUGCAGUUACUCUACAGUUACAGACUCAAUGUGCAGGCAAGAUUCUGCUACACAUUUGUCUGCAGAGGAGAAGAUUGCUGCUGAAGAAAGCCUUUCAACUUAUUGCAAACCUGUUGAACUCUACAACAUUCUCCAACGCCGUGCCGUUAGAAAUCCUUCCUUCCUUCAAAGAUGUUUACAAUACAAAAUUCAAGCAAAGCACAAAAGGAGGAUUCAAAUGGCAAUAUAUGUACCAGCAACUGUGAACGAUGAAUCACAGGUCCAGAAUGUUUUUCCUUUGUGUGUAAUUUUGGCAAGGCCAUUAUCAAAUGCUGCGGGUGCUGAGGCACAUUUUGCUGUCUUUCAAUUUAGGCGGGCAUGCAUAUCAACUUCUUUCACUGGAGUUGAUGGAAUAAAUCGAGCUCAAGCAAAAUUCGUUCUCCCUGAAAUGGAUAAACUUUCAGCUGAAAUAAGGGCUGGCUCUCUUGUCAUCCUGUUUGUCAGCUUUGCUGAACUUGCUAGAGAUCAUUUGGAUACAUCUUCAUUUCCAUUGAAUCUUGAAGGGCACUGCUUGUUGGGAAGAAUGCCGAUGGAAUUACUUCAUCUAUUGUGGGAAAAGUCUCCCAAUUUGAGUUUAGGGGAGAGAGCUGAGAUGUUGUCAACUGUUGACUUGAGCCCUUGUUUUAUGAAGACAAGCUGUUUGGACAAAGACAGACAUAUUUCCUUGCAGUAUCCCCGCAGUUCUGUGGCUCUGGCAACAAUACAGCAGCUGCAAGUCAAAAUUUCUGCGGAAGAAGCUGGUGCUGGAGAAAAAUCAGUUUAUGAUUCAUUCUCCUAUGAUGACAUUCCUACGACUUCAUUGCCUCGAAUAAUACGGUUGAGGACAGGAAAUGUUGUCUUCAACUAUAGGUACUAUAACAACAAGUUGCAGAGAACAGAAGUGACUGAGGACUUCACAUGUCCUCUCUGCUUGGUAAAAUGUGCCAGCUUUAAGGGUUUGAGAUAUCACUUAUGCUCAUCUCACGAUUUGUUCAACUUUGAAUUUUGGGUAAAUGAAGAAUAUCAAGCUGUAAAUGUAUCUGUGAGAAGUGACAUGUGGAGAUCUGAGGUUGUUGUUAAUGGAGUUGAUCCUAAGCAACAAACAUUCUUCUUUUGUUCAAAGCCACUAAGACGGAGGAAACGACAGGACUUGGUUCAAAAUUCAAAGUAUGUGCACCCACUUGUUUUAGAUUCAGAUUUCCCUACAUCAACGAAUGGGAUCAAUGACAAGAUUAAUGGCAUUGCUGAGGUUGUAGAGUGUGAUCCAUCAAGUCCCAAUGGUGCAGGCGUUUCCUCUGCAACUGGUCACUUGUAUCCAGAUCCUGACUCUGUGCAAUCCUUACCAGGAAGCACCCUUGCACCCCCAGCACUGCUUCAGUUUGCCAAGUCAAGAAAGUUAUCAGUUGAGCGCUCUGAUCCCAGAAAUCGUGCACUCCUGCAAAAAAGGCAAUUCUUUCAUUCUCAUAGAGCCCAGCCCAUGGCACUGGAGCAAGUUUUAUCGGAUCGAGACAGCGAGGAUGAAGUUGAUGAUGAUGUUGCAGAUCUUGAAGAUCGAAGGAUGCUUGAUGAUUUCGUGGAUGUUACCAAAGAUGAGAAGCAAAUGAUGCAUCUGUGGAACUCAUUUGUUAGAAAGCAAAGGGUGUUGGCAGAUGGUCACAUUCCUUGGGCAUGUGAGGCUUUUUCAAAGCUGCAUGGUGAGGAGUUCGCCCGAGCACCGGCCUUGUUGUGGUGCUGGAGAUUAUUCAUGAUCAAACUGUGGAACCAUGGCCUUAUUGAUGCGCGUGGAAUCAACAAUUGUAACCUAAUACUAGAGCAAUUCCAAAGCCAAGACAAUGAUUCUCCUAGAAGCUGAAUACCCGUGUGACAAUAUUUCACAAUCUAGCAAUGGAUUUGGUAGUGAUACAGCUCUUUGGCUGGAUCUACAUCUCCAAAUUUUCAACGUCUGUUUUCUUAAUGUUAUCGUGGCUAGAUGACUGUUUUGUCUUUCAAGGGUAAGAUUCGCUAAUUUAAUGUUUUAUAGAGUUCAUACAGUGGCAUCUGCCGUUCUAAAAUUAGAAAUUAAUGAUUCACAUUGUUCAAGGGCUCUAUUAUAUCUUCAGUCUCUCUCUCUCUC